AUGAAGAAGCUGCCGCGACCUGAAGGAUCGAAUUUGGCAGCGAUUUUAAAACUAUGCGUAUUCCUCCAUACGAAAUUCCGCGUGAUGGGUAUGGCUUUUGCAGUAAUGUCCCACCCGACUGAAGAAAGUACUAUGAUUCCCGUUCAAGAAGAGCAGGGACAGGUUGGCACAGAGAAUUGA